GUGUAAAGGGUGGGAAUGACUGACUGCUCCCUCUUAUAUUCAGAAAACAGGGUGGAACUGCAACUGCCAGACCUUGCUGCUGAGGACACAUCUGUCGCUGCAUUCCACGUGAGCAGGAAGAGAAAGAAACUCAGCGUGUCUGAAUUUGAGAGAGCAGCAGACAAGCGGCUUCCUCAGAACCAGGCUCAUUCAACACUGGACAGCACUUUGGUUCGAUCUCUUCGCAUGUCAGUUGGCUCUGUGAUGGCACCAGACACUGUUGAAAAAAGAGGCUUACACCGGAGGCCACAGAAUCGCAAAGCUAUUGACAUCGCUGCUUUUGAAGGGGGAGUGGAACAGAACAUGCUGCAAAUAAAAGCACAAGACUAUCUUGUGGAUUUGCAAACAUCAUCUAUGACUGGAACAACUACAAUAAGAACUGAUGCAGAAGUCAUGCUGAAUAAUACAGAGCUCUUUGUUGAGCCUCAGUUUGGUGAACAGAACCUUCUUGCUGUUGAACCACAGCUAUCAGAUUCAAAAACUUCAGCACAGAGAAGCAAUUCUUCACAUCCUCGUGGGGAAGCAAGGUUGGAGGGCCUGGUAUCUGGUGUGAGCACAGAUGAGAGAAGGACCCGGAGAUUUUCUGAAAAGGACUUAAUAACUGAUCAUGAACAUGUUGAUGGGAUAACUCAGAAAACACCUGCAAAGCAGGGAGAAGAGGAGCAAGAUCAUUCCCAGCAGAAUGACCCAAUGGAACAGUUCUCUGAGCCAGAAGAAAUGGUUGGCACUACAGAGCACCAUGCAGAUACUGAAUAUUCUGCAUACUCAGAGAAGAAACUGUCAAGAAAAGCAGAAUCACAGCUAACAGCAGCCCAGGAUGCUGGAGUUGAAAUGGAAAUGACCCCUUCAGAAGGAGGAGGAGUAGCAGAAGGCACUGAGCACCAAGACUCGCCCAAAGCUGAGCUGGAGAUGGCUGGAAGUGUUGGAGCUGGAAGUCUUGGCAGGCAUUCUCCUGCUUCAUAUUCCCUUGAAAAAUCUGGGGCGAAGCCAUUAAAAGAAGCUGUUGAACAAACAGGUGAAAUAGAACGUAGGACCAUCACAGGAGAGCUGGAUGCUGCUCAAGAAGAGUCUACUGAUAAUGAAAGUGAAAUAGAAGACCGUGAGAGUGAAGACGUUUCUAUGAUGACACCCAUGUUUGUUCGUGCUGCAGACCACAGACCACUUCCUGUGCUGUCACCUCCACGUCCUGUAAAAUCUGCUGCUCCUGAGUAAGUAUAAACAGUCUUCAGCAGUGAUUUGAUGGAAGUGUGCCUGGGAAACACAAGUGGCAAGAGCAGAGAGCUCAGAGUGCUGCAUUCUUGUUAGCUAUCUAACGUGUGUUGUUUGGGUUUUGUGUGUGUUGGUAUGAGAUACGAGUCUUCUCUGUUUUUUACUUGUCUACUGAGUGAAUUUGGGGACUUGCUUCCCCUUUCUGUGUUGCAGAUUUUCAUUUUAGAUAGGAAAACAACAGUAGUUUCAUUUGACACUUA